UUCUCUCACUCGCUCGCAUCCUCCAGGAGAGCGAGGUAAGGAAGUGGUGGAGUGCUGCGUGAACAAAGUCAGUGAGGCAGCUGAGAUGAGCACAUCAGAGCUGGAGUCAGAACUGAGCGCAGCUGCCCUAACAUGCUUCCCUUGACACUGCACAGCUACCUCUGCGCUCGAAUGAAGGUUUGCAGUCGAAGCUGAGGAUGGCAGGAGAUUCUCGCGUCCACAUGGACCACGACAUGGAGAUAGGAGUGACUCCAAGAGAGCAGGUGAAGAAACUCCCCAAGCACCUGAGGGAAGCACAAAUCCCCACGGAUCGCACCCACCUCAUCUCUGAUCCUGUUAAGAAACCCCGCCAGCGCUAUGUCCAGAAAGACGGCAAGUGCAAUGUUCAUCACGGAAACGUUCAAGAGACCUAUCGUUAUCUCAGUGACCUCUUCACAACACUGGUUGACUUACGUUGGCGCCUCAGUUUCUUCAUUUUCACCUUGGUCUAUGUGGUCAACUGGCUCUUCUUUGGGUUUUUGUGGUGGCUUAUUGCGCUAAUUAGAGGAGAUCUUCUACACGCAGAUGAAGAGGGCUGGACACCUUGUGUUGAAAACCUCAACAGCUUUGUCUCGGCUUUUCUCUUUUCCAUUGAAACCGAGACCACCAUUGGCUAUGGCUAUCGUGUCAUCACGGAGAAGUGCCCAGAAGGGAUUAUACUUCUACUGGUGCAGGCCAUCUUGGGGUCCAUUGUAAAUGCCAUGAUGGUGGGCUGCAUGUUUGUAAAGAUCUCACAGCCCAAGAACCGAGCAGAGACACUGAUGUUCUCCCACAAGGCCGUAAUCUCGGUGAGGGACAACAAGAUGUGCCUGAUGUUCAGAGUGGGUGACCUGCGGAAUUCGCACAUUGUGGAAGCGUCAAUCCGUGCCAAGCUCAUUCGUUCUCAGCAGACGAAGGAGGGCGAGUUCAUACCGCUCAACCAGACGGACAUCAACAUUGGCUUUGACACAGGAGACGAUCGCCUCUUCCUGGUAUCACCUCUCAUUAUCUCCCACGAGAUCAAUGAGAAGAGUCCCUUCUGGGAGAUGUCCCGGGCACAGAUGGAGAAGGAAGAGUUUGAGAUUGUCGUCAUCUUGGAGGGCAUGGUCGAAGCUACAGGCAUGACGUGCCAAGCGCGCAGCUCCUACCUGGACUCGGAAGUGCUGUGGGGCUACCGCUUCACCCCGGUGCUUUCUCUGGAAAAGGGCUUCUACGAAGUCGACUACAAUAACUUCCACGACAUAUACGAGACCAACACCCCAACCUAUAGCGCUAAAGAACUGUCCGCUCGAUUAAAAGAGAGUCCGCUCCUCCCUCACCUGCCGCUCCUCAGCCCCGACCUCAGGCAGCACACAGACCCCUUCUCCACCCAAACCACACGGGACGAGCGGGAGAAAGACGGCGAGAAGCCUGCGGAGGCCAACAACGGUUCUGCCACCCGCUUGGAGGGGAACCCUGCUCCGAAUUGACUCAAAGACCCAGUCUGAAGAGACUGACAAGCUUCCUCCCCCUCGCAUGGAGAAAUAUCCUUGCAAUAGCCAUGCAAUAUGACCCCCGAUUCCUCUAGAGAGCCGAGCUGAUGUGUAGAUUGAGGUUAGACGCACAAACAGAUGAGAAUCCGUAUAUAUUUAUACACCUACGCAUACUACACAUAUUUUAGCUUUAUAAACUCUAUUGUGCAGGUUUUCAUGGUCUCGGUCAACGCCCUGUACCUCAAGGACAAACUAGUAGCCAUAUACUGUAUGACCCAGAGGUCAGAUCCCUUAAUCUAACCAUAGCAAAUCAGCUUUAAUAGAAUCCCAAUGCAAAGACUCAUAGGAGCCGAACACAACGCUUGCGUGUUUAACCACUGCGAAGGCCCGCAACGUUGGUUUCUUUAAGCUAUUCUAUUGUAUGUUUUAUCUGCAUUAUAAUUAUGCAUUAUAAUUAUCAAUUUCCCCAUCAUAUCGAAGUGCAUGUGUUUGAAAUUGAUGCAAGAUGGAAGCUGGAAAAUGCACCAGACUAAAGCACAACCGCUGAAGUGGUUUGAAAACCUGCAGUGCACUAAAAUAACAGCGACAAAUGGAAAUAUCGCACAUACAUUGUCUCUGUGAAGUUCAAUCUUGCCCGGUCCACGCUCCUGGACUCGUAUUCAUUACAUUUUAUUUGUGUGCAAGUUUGAGGCCAUUUCCAAGUGGUCCGAAGAACUGUUUCAAAGCAUGAACCCUAAGGCAAGUCCUAUACACUUUCUAAACAGGGUAUUUUCUAAGGCAUGCAGACUUCAAAAACUCAAACACUUUCUACAAAUAUUGUACAGUUAAAUUCUGGGUUAAGGUGAGAGGAGAGCUCCAUUCACAGCAGAGACAAUGGUGCAGUAUUUUAAAGACGCAUUUUAGAGGAAACUCACCUAUGACAAGUCAUUUUCACAGAAUAAUAUUAUAUGCAGGAUAUUUACAUAAAUAAAAUAAAUAAAGAAACUUAUAAGAGAA